ACCUAAAAAUUCAAAACAGCCAGAGCGUGAAGAGAAACGAGUCCUUGGUCUUGUCUUGCUGCGAGGAGAAAACCUGGUGUCCAUGACAGUUGAAGGACCACCUCCAAAAGAUACUGGAAUUGCCCGGGUACCUCUUGCUGGAGCUGCUGGAGGACCUGGAGUUGGGAGAGCAGCAGGGCGGGGAGUACCAGCUGGUGCACCCAUGCCACAGGCUCCAGCAGGAUUAGCUGGCCCUGUCAGAGGAGUGGGAGGACCAUCCCAACAGGUGAUGACACCUCAAGGUCGUGGAACAGUUGCAGCUGCUGCUGCAGCUGCUAGCAUAGCAGGAGCCCCAACUCAAUACACACCAGGGCGUGGGGGUCCUCCUCCACCCAUGAGCAGAGGAGCACCUCCUCCAGGAAUGAUGGGACCUCCUCCAGGCAUGAGACCACCCAUGGGCCCACCAAUGGGAAUGCCCCCUGGCCGAGGUGCUCCGAUGGGAAUGCCACCCCCUGGCAUGAGACCACCACCCCCAGGAAUGAGAGGACCCCCUCCACCUGGCAUGCGACCACCAAGACCGUAAGAUAUUCUAUAAUCUACUUUGAAUUGUAAGAAGACUGAUUAAGGGAAUAUACCAAGCAGUACCACCUGUCAAAGCUUUGCUAUGUAUAUUUUAUAUUUACUGCUUGUAAAGUUGGCCCUUUUUAAUAAAGUUGGAAAAC